CUGCAGUGCACAUGCGCCCAUCAAACGCGUUUGUGGAUAAACUUUGCACUACUCCGGCUUCCGUACCGCCUGACUACUGUAAGAUCGCGGGCGGUUCACAGCAACAUAAGAGCUAGAUUCUGUUCGCGUGGGCGAUUUGCUCUCUUCUUUGAGACUCACUAAAAGAUGGCUUUGGCCGAAAUGGAGAACGGUUCCGAGGGAGAGGAGGGAGGGUGCGAGUCGGACGUGGUCGCCCAAGGCUGUAUACUGGCGGCGUUCAGCGACAGCGCAGAGACCCGAACCCUGAUCGCCGGGCUCCCGGAGGCAUAUAAGGACACCAAAUCCAGAGAGGCUGCUACACAGAGAUUCGUGUUUUUAAUGGACAAAUAUCAGGAGCAACCUCAUCUUCUGGAUCCGCAUUUGGAGUGGAUGCUGCGCCUUCUGUUGGAGCUGAUUCGCAGUGAACAGUCUCCACCUCUCUUAGUCCAUCUGGCUUUUAAAUUCCUCUACUUCAUCUCAAAGGUCCGGGGACACAAGAUCUUCAUGCAGCUGUUGCCACAUGAGGUCUCAGAUGUGCAUCCUGUUCUAGACCUGCUUUGCUGCCAGGACCCCAAAGAUCACGAGACGUGGCAGACCCGCUACAUGCUGCUUCUCUGGCUCUCCAUGACCUGCCUCAUACCCUUUGACCUCUCCCGGCUGGACGGCCACCUGACCUCUGACCCCGCUCAGACCCGAGAGCCAGUCAUGGGCCGCAUCCUUGCUGUCGCCAAGUCUUACCUCAUGGUUAGUGACAAGCCAAGGGAUGCAGCCUCCAUUCUGCUCUCUAAGUUUAUGACCAGGCCAGACGUGAAGCAGAAGCAUUUGGGAGACUUCCUGGACUGGACCUUGACUAGGGUGUCCCAGGCUAACGAUCUGACCAUGGAGGGGACGGUGAUGCUGGAUGGGGCACUGCAGUCUCUGGCACAGCUCUUCAAGCAUGGGAAGCGAGAUGACUUCCUGCCGUAUGCUCCGACAGUCCUGCAGUGUCUGGACAGGCGGAGGCUGGCGGACAGCAGCCAGGCCAUGGUGCGGAAACUGGGCGUGAAGUUGGUCCAGCGCCUGGGCCUGACGCUGCUGAAGCCCCGGCUGGCUAAGUGGAGGUACCAACGAGGAAGCCGCUCCCUGGCUGCCAAUCUAUCCCAGCCUGCCAACCCCGGCGGCCUGGUGACGCCCAGCCUUGGGAAGCCUGACUUGGAGGCAGAAGCCCAGGAGGAAGACUAUGACAUUCCAGAGGAGGUUGAGAAUGUCAUUGAGCAACUUCUGGUUGGACUGAAGGACAAGGAGACGAUCGUACGCUGGUCUGCAGCUAAAGGGAUCGGCCGAGUGACGGGCAGGCUCCCCGUGGAGCUGGCGGACGAGGUGGUGGCCUCCGUGCUGGAGUGCUUCAGCUUCCAGGAGACGGACAACGCCUGGCACGGGGGCUGCCUGGCACUGGCAGAGCUGGGCCGGAGGGGGCUUUUGCUGCCCACCCGCCUCACUGACGUGGUGCCGCUCAUCUCCAAGGCCCUGACGUACGACGAGAAGAGGGGCGCCUGCAGUGUGGGCUCCAAUGUGCGCGAUGCAGCCUGCUACGUGUGCUGGGCCUUCGCCAGGGCCUACGAGCCCAAGGAGCUGCAGCCCUUCGUCACGAGCAUCGCCAGUGCCCUGGUCAUCACCGCCGUGUUCGACAGGAACGUCAACUGCCGGAGAGCUGCCUCGGCCGCCUUCCAGGAGAACGUCGGGAGACAGGGCACGUUUCCGCAUGGCAUCGACAUCCUGACGACGGCAGAUUACCACGCCGUGGGCAACCUCAACAACUGCUACCAGAGCAUCAGCGUCUACAUCGCCAGUUUCCCAGAAUACACCAGGGCCAUGAUCGACCACCUGGUAGCGAUGAAGGUCAACCAUUGGGAUGGGGUGAUCCGAGAGCUGGCCGCCAAGGCCCUCCGCAACCUCACACCGCAGGAUCCGGACUACAUGGCCAACACAGUCUUGCCUCAGCUCUUGCCUAUGGCAGCAGGCAUGGACCUGCAUGGUCGACAUGGAGCCAUUUUGGCAUGCGCUGAAAUCACCCAGGCCCUGUACAAGCUGAGCUCGCAAACUGAUAGGCCAGUGACGGACUUCCUGUCAGCUGACUCGGUGGAAGGCCUGAAGAGCAUUCACCAGAAGCUUUUCGAUCGACAGCAGUACAGGGGGUUCGGCGGUGAGCUGAUGAGACCUGCAGUCUGCACAUUGAUCGAGAAGAUGUCUCUCUCCAGAAUGCCAUUCCACAAGGAUCCCAUUAUAAGUGGGUGGCAGUGGCUGAUCGAUGACAGUCUGAAGAGCCUCCACCUCUUCUCCAGUGGCGCCAAGCAGGGUAUCAAGGAGUCUGCAGUUUCUGCCCUGGCGGCAUUGUCACAGGAGUAUUACCAGAUUCAGCCCGGGGUGGCCGACCCAGAUAUGCAAGAAACGCUGGUGAGCCAGUACAUCGCGGCCCUGAGGAGCCCGGAGGUUCUGACCCGCUGUGGCUGUGCUCUGGCUCUGGGUUCCCUGCCCCGAUUCAUGAUCCACAGCAAACUGCAACAGGUGCUAGCAGGCCUCAAGGCGACAUCUAGAAUCACCCAGAAGGAUCUGACCUUUACGGAAGCCCGUAGAGAUGCCGCCAGAGCCAUCGCACAGGUGUGCACUACAGUGGGGAUCUCUGCCCAGGGGCCUCCAGACUCUUUCCUGUGCCUGGAUAACAUUCCGCAAGUGUAUGGCGCCCUGCUGGACUGCAUGAGCGACUACACCACGGACAGCCGGGGCGACGUCGGGGCCUGGGUUCGAGAGGCUGCCAUGACCAGCCUGAUGGAGGUGACUUUCCUGGUCGUCCGCGCCGACCCGGGACUCCUCCCCCCUGAUCUCUGCCAGCGCAUGAUGUGCUGCUUGGCCCAGCAGGCAGCAGAGAAGAUCGACCGCUACCGGGCCCACGCCGGCACCAUCUUCCUGCGCCUCCUUCACAGUCGCGAGCCUGCAGUGCCACACAUCCCCCACCAGGAGGAGCUGCUCGCCAUCUUUCCUGUCGAAGGGGCGGAGUCUCUGAACUGGAACGCCCCAUCCCAGGCCUUCCCACACAUCACCCAGCUGCUGCAGCUGCCCCAGUACCAGUACCACACCCUACUGGGCCUGACCGUGUCUGUCGGGGGGCUCACAGAGUCCACAGUCCGUUACUCCUCACAGUCCCUGUUCGAUUACCUGAAGGGGAUCCAGAAGGACCGGCCUGCACUGGAGCAGUUCGGAGGCACACUGCUGCGCAUAUUCCAAGACCACCUGCGUAACGACAGGGUUUCCAUCCCUCUGCUGAAGAUGGUGGACCAGAUGCUGGCCAGAGGCUGCUUCGACACCUUCACCAGCGAGGACAACCAUUCAUUCUGCACGGACCUCCUGGAGCUCUGUAAAGAGGAGAUGAAGAAGUCAAAGGACAUUCAGAAGCUUCGGUCCAGCAUCGCUGUGUUCUGCGGGCUCAUCCAGUUUCAGGGCGAGGUCCGGAAAAAGGUUCUGUUCCAGCUGCUGCUGUUGCUCUGUUACCCCUACCCUGUGAUCAGAAAGACGACCGCCAGCCAGAUGUACGAGAUGCUGUUGACCUACGAUGACGUCAUCGAGCCUGAUGUCAUGGACGAAGUCAUGAACCUCUUGAGCGAUACCAACUGGGAGAGUGACCUGACUACUGUACGGAACCACAGGAACCAACUCUGUGAUUGGCUGGGGGUGCAGAGGCCCACUUUGGUUGCCAAGAGCCCAACUCAAUAGGCAGCAACGGUCUCACCGGGACGAGCAAGAAGUCGGACCCAAAUCGGGCCUCCCUGCGCUGGACCCACGCCGCACCAUGCAACCCCCUGCCCCCCCAAUACCGUCACACUGUCAAUAAAUUAAUACCAACCAAAAGCUAAGGCCUCCCCUAUUUUUUCAGCAUUUACAUUUAUUUGAUCAUUAUUGAUUGAUGAAUAAAUCUCUUCACCAA